AUGAAUCAGACUGAGAACAAAACCCAGGUCUCCAAUGUUGCAAAAGAGGGUGAUGAGAGCUACUUAAGGGAAUAUCUUGCAAGUGAAUUUCGGUAUGGAGUAAGUCAAGCAAGGGUUCAUGUUGCUAAAAAGAUAGACAAACUAGGCAUGAGGUCAUCAGACACAGCUCAGAUCUUUUUCAAAGAUGUAAGGGUCCCCAGCAAAAACCUCAUCGGUGAGGAAGGAAAGGGUUUUACGUAUCAGAUGUUACAAUUCCAAGAAGAGCGGCUGUGGGGAGUGGCCACUGUCCUGACAUCACUGAAAACCAUAAUAGAAGAAACUAUUGACUACAUUCGCCAGCGAAAAAUGUUCAACCAGUCUGUCCUGCAGAACCAAGCCGUGCACUUCCGCCUGGCUGAGCUGGCGACUGAGGUGGAGCUCCUUCGCUCGCUGCUGUACCGCACUGUUGCUCUCUAUGUGGAAGGCAACGAUGUGACUAUGGCUAAGCUAAAGGCAGGUUGUCUGGCCCGUGAAGUGACGGAUAGCUGUCUCCAGUUUUGGGGAGGAAUGGGAUUCAUCAGCGAGGUUCUGGUGAGCAGGUUUUACAGAGACUGGAGAUUAACAUCAAUAGUAAGUGGUACAGAUGAAACCAUGAUUUCCAUCAUACACAAAUACAUGGAAACACUUCCAAGAAAGCGAUAUACCUCCACUCUUCCUUGA